ACCACCACUGCAUCAACUACAACAGCUGCUACAACCGAAGCACCACCCCCAGUUGUGGCUAUUCAAGCAACCUUGGUAGAACCGUUUGUCCCAGAACUCAGUAACAGCAGCAGCCCACAAUUUAGGGCCCUUGAGACAAGAGUUGUAACAGUGUGUGACAUCAUCUACUUGGCUCGAUAUGGUAGAAUUUUCCGCCGCACAUUCAUCAUAGCAUUUAGACGAGCUUUGGGCCAAACACGAAUGGAGAACACUGUUGCAGAGGUGGGAAUCGAAUUCAACAGAAAUACCACACCUGCAGAAAUCCCACCAGCUUCUGAUGUUGUACAAACCUUAGUAAAUGCAGUGAAUAAUCCCAACAUUACGCUCAACAUCACUAUUCAAGCCAACACUAUCCAAGUACUUGAUACAAAUGCAAUUACCAAUGCCACAACAACUGCAGCUCCCACAACAUCCACCACAACUGCUGAGGCAGUUACAAUAAGGCGGGUGACUUUCAGAUCUCCUAGAGAGACCUUUACAAAUGAUUUGCUGAAUCCCUCAUCUCAAGCAUUUAUCAAUCGGGCUAAUCUGCUCAAGUCAAAUCUGGAACCUUUCUACCAAAGAGCAUUUUCAUCAUUCCGCUUCUUGACUGUGGUAUCAUUCAGUAACGGAUCAAUCAUCAACAACAUGGACCUCACGUUCAGAUCCACAUCUGUUCCUAACAACACUCAGAUAGCCACAGUUUUGAUCGAUGCAUCUUCCAACAUCACAGCCUUUACCAUUGACACCAACUCUAUUUUUGUGGAUGGUGCAGUAGCGUCAAGUGGAGUGAGCCACAUGAUCAGUUCCAUCACUGCAUCCUGUCUGGUGUUGCUGUCAUGGCUACUGUCAUGCCAGUGAUAGUCUGUGCUGAAGAAGAAAAUGUCUGCUGCUACUAGUAUAAGAAAAUCUUCUUGAAAAUCUUGAAAACUGAUUCAAAGCCUCUGAUGAAUAGCAAUUAUAUGAUUUUGACUAUGUAUCUACUGAAAUCACCUGACAUUCCUGAAAUCACAUAUAUGAAGGAAACAAGUGUAAACACCACUUUACUCUGUUAUUAUGAAAGAAUAAUGUAAUUUGCACAAAGACAAUAUUAACUGAUUUAGUUAGAAUAGUUGUAAGUUAUAAUCAACAGUGAUUACAAAGGCAAGUCUUGGGAAACUGUUAAAUGACUAUGUUAUUUGAUCUGUUUUUUAAUCAGUAAAAGGUCUGAUCAGACUCCAACAUUAAAAAAAUGACUAAAUUUAGUAAGAAAAAUCAACAGUGUUAUUUAAUACUGUUAAAAAAAAAGAAAAAUGUAAAUUGCAAAAUAUAAAAUGUCUGAACACUAUCCUGAAUGAUUAUAAACUCAGUUUUCACAUGUACCUGUAUUUAUAGUAUAUGUAUAUUCUGUUAUGUUAACUUAUAUUGUUGUAAACCAUGAAAUUCUUGAAUAUGAUUAUUUACUAAAAACAUAAUAUAUACAUUGUCUAAAGAAAGUAUACUGAGGGUGUUUUUUGUUUUUACAUACUAUUAUUUAAUAAUAUUACAAAAAUCCACUACAACUUAUCUAGAGAAUGUUAGUCAAAACUUUGAACCAGUGACGCUGCUGACACUAUCCACAGUACAGCAGCAACAGGUGUUCUAUCAUUUUCUGCUACUCAUCACUGCCACACCCAUAAAAUUUUGUUCCCUUGUCUCGACGCAAGAUUUACCAACUGGCAACGGUCAACACUCGACAGUCUGUUUACAGUCAAGUUAAAGUCAACAUGUCAAAAAGGCAAAAUGCUCUCCGUGGCUCAGAAAAGAAAAUGAGGCAAAAAAGGAAUAAGACAGAGGUAAUCAGGUGUUGAAAAUCAAUACAUAACGUUUUGUUGGUAGCUAGCUUGGGUCUCGCUCCCUGAGGACAGCAGCGCAUUUUGGUUCUGUUGGCAUUACUUUUUGUUCUUAAGUUUUGCACCAUACAACACACCAUACAGCAGCACAUUUUCCAUCUGCAACAGCACGACACUACUGACAGCUAAUUGCCACGCCUCAUCUUUAUUCCUUUGUUGGAUAUUCAGUUUAGCUUUUGAAAUACUUUAAUAAAUUAAAUACCUGUUUUUUAAACCUUUUAAACCAUGUGCUUCCUCCUUUUGGCACGGCCCUUGAGCCAGGUCGUGUCAGUAUAUCUGGUCUACUGUUUGACAGACUAUACUCAACUGGAAUCUGAGAAGAUGAUGGUUCUCAGUGGUCUUAUGUCCUCAACCCGUUGAACUGCUAACAACAAUCCAAUCAUUUCCCCUGUGAAAACUGAUACUACUUUAUUAAUCCUUUUCCCUACUUAGACUUGGAAUUCUGGAACAAAAUUUGAAACUUCCACUUUAUCCAUAGAAUUCUUUCAUGCAUGUGUGUAUAUCUGCACGUAACCAUAGACUUUUCCAGUAUAUGCCUGUAUAUUGUUUGACUCAAACACAAAACUCAUAUCCUGGUUUCUCUUCUCCAAUAAUGACAAAUCUCCUGUUGCAUCAGUACCCAGUUGUUGACAGUGGUACUGUUGGACUAAUUUUCAUGCACACCAUUUGCAGUUCUUCUGCCUUUUUGUGUCUGUCCAUCCAAAGCUUUUUGUUUCCUUCUUUGUUUCCUUUUUCCCAACAUGGUUUCAGCGUUUCUCUUGUAGGAUGGUCUUGACUGUGAUCCUGUAAAUUAGCCCAGUAACUCAAUAAGUGUCUUAUGUUAUAUCAGUCUGCAAAGCUGCUACUGGAGGUGUUUUAAAUGCACCUGCACAUAAUCUUAAAGCCUAAUGCUGAAUAUUGUCUAAUUUCUUAUGCGAUGCACUUACUGCCGAAUCAUAUACUACACUGUUAUAAUCUAACCUAGAUCUAAUCAAUUCAUUGUAUAUUGCUUUUAAAGCUGUUCUAUCUGUUCUAUCUGCUCCCCAUUCCCUUCCGAAUACUAUCUCAUCACAUUUAAUACUUUCUUACACUUAUCCACCACUUUCUGAACAUGUACAGCCCAUGUAAGUUUUUCAUCAAACCAUACCCCAAGAAUUAAAAAUAUUUCCGCCUCUCUAAUUCUUGAUUAUAUAUUUUAAGUUUUACUCCCAUGUCAAUUCUCUUCCUUGUAAAGAACACCGACUUUGACUUUUCAACUGAAAAUUUAAAAUCCCA